AUGUCACUGAAGACCUCAAAACACGGAAACAGCACAGAGUAUCACUACUGGGGAUACUCCUUUCGUUGGACCGACCUUCAUACCUCUGCAGAUGACCUCCGUCCGAUGGUCAAGACAUAUGAUACUCUAGCCGACGAGUGUGUAAAGCGCCUGAACAAGAUCCCGUCUGCGGAUGACGGCGCCGGGAAACGACCUUUCCAUAGAGACCUGUAUGCUCUAUUGAAGGACCAUGCCGACGAGGAUCCAAAGCUGAAACAGCUAUGGAAUGAAAUCAACACAAUUCCGGAGUGGGUGGACUGGGAUCAGAUCCAGCGAGGGCAAGACACUUUCUUCCGAUAUGGUCUUCCCAUCCUCAAUGUCCUCGGCUUCCAAAGUCUGCUAGGUGGAAUGGGAGCGAUCCGAGUCGUCGAAACCCUUUCACGAACCGGUGGCUUUGGUGCCAAGGUAGUGCGCCGACGACUACUCGAAACACUUCAACAUGUCCUUCAGGUCAACGGUUCAGCAGAAGGCAUGAAGCCAGGUGGCGAAGGAAAUAUCUCAUGCGCCCGCGUUCGGCUGCUUCAUUCAGCCGUCCGACUAAGAAUCCUCAGCCUGAUCGAGCAGAGCCCUGAAUACUACGAUAUCGACAAAUACGGAGUUCCCGUCAACGAUCUCGACUCUAUCGGUACAAUCAAUACAUUCUGCAGCGCUGUAGUAUGGGUUGGGCUUCCACGACAAGGUAUCUACCUCAGCCAGCAAGAAAUCGACGACUAUAUCGCGCUGUGGAGACUGGUCGCAUACUAUAUGGGCACGCCGACGGAACACUUCGAAAGCGCAACUAAAGCUCGUGCUAUGAUGGAGUCUCUUCUGAUCACCGAGUUUGAUCCAAGCGAAACAGGAAGGAUUCUGGCAAAGAACAUUAUCAUUGGUCUGGAGAACACAGCGCCGGCUUAUGCAUCCAAGGGGUUCCUGGAAGCAAUGAGUCGACUACUCAACGGGGAUCAGUUGUCCGAUGCGCUUGACCUCCCUCGGCCUAAUCUGUACUAUCGAAUGUUGGUUUGGGGAUACUGCUUCUGGGUCAUGACUGCUUCAUACAUUGUUCCAAAGAUAUGGUUCAUCGACCGGCUGAUGAUUUCCCUUCGCCGGAGGAAUUUCUAUAAGCAACUCCUCGAUGAGAAGAACGGCCUUGGGAAGGAGACACGCUUUGAAUUCAAAUACAUGCCCACUCUCACUCGCCGCACCCGUCUGGGUGAGCGAAGAACCAUCAAAUAUGAGAGACCUGGUAUCGAGAGCCUGGCGCGUCUAGGACUGUUGGCUGCAUUUGCUGCGGUGGCUACGCUGGCAAUGGGAUUCGUCUUUGCAGCGAGGAUGAUUCCUUCUCGGCUUUUCCUGCUUCGAGCAUGA